AUGGGUCGCUUUGGCUGUUUCUCGUUGGUGAACAUUGAAAGACGAUUGAUAAAGCUGAAGGGCGCGGAGAGAAUAUAUCGCCAGAACUUCGUACGCAAUUUGUACUUGCUCCUCUCCAUCCAACACGGCCUGACGACUGCUUGCAUCCUCUUCUGCGCUCGCAGGGUUUUAAGUGACGCCUUCAGACUCUUCGUCAGUAGUGUCCUGCUGAUCGUCGCGUUCGUCGUUGUCUGCCGGUCAAAGAAAGCUAAACGAGUUGAUGGAAAAAACUUGCAGCUUUUCCUCGGCUUGUCGCUCGCAUUCGCGUUCAACGUUACCAUGCUCACAAUCUACGAAGACCUCCACAUAACUUGGCUUACGCUCGGAAUGCUCUCUGUUUGCUGCUUGGGCAUAGCCAUCUUUACGUGCCAGUCGCGAUUCGAUUUCAUCUCCUGCGUUGGCUUCAUCUAUAUGUGCGUUUUCGGUGCCUUCAUCUACAGCCUCCUCUUGGCAGGUGUGUACGGCUACCACCCACAGUAUGAGAAGGACGCUGCACUAGUUUUCCUGACACUGAGCCUACUGUACAUGUAUGUCUACACCUACAUCUUGAUGGAGGGCAAGAGAGUCGAUAUCUAUUAUGAAGAAUACGUCUUUGGGGCUAUAUUCAUUUACACGGAUAUCUUCAUGUGGCUCUGGUCCCUCAUCAAAAGAUCCACGAGGAAGCUCAAGGGAGAAUCUGACGCAGAUUCGUCGACUGUGACCUACCCUUCGGCAUGA